AUGAAAUCGGGACGGUUGGAGCACAAUAUUUGGCUGACACUUACUACACUCAAUCUCAAAUACAAUCAAAUUGGUGAGGUUGGAGCACAAUAUCUGGCUGAUGCAUUACAGAACAAUACAGCACUUACUGCACUAUAUCUCUAUCGGAACAAGAUCGGUGAUAUCGGAGCACAAUAUUUGGCUGAUGCAUUAAAACGCAACAGGGCACUCACUACUCUAGAUCUCUCCUACAAUGAUAUCGGAGAUGUUGAAGUACAACAUUUGGCUGAUGCCUUACAAUACAACACGACACUCACUACACUAGAUCUCUACGGAAAUCAAAUCGGAAAUAUUGGGGCACAAUAUCUGGCUGAUGCAUUACAACAGAACAUAAAACUCACCACACUCAAUCUCGAGCGAAAUAAAAUCGGAGCUGUUGGCGCACAGUCUUUGUCUGAUGCAUUACAAAAUAACACUAUACUCACUACACUAAAUCUCUACAACAAUGGAAUCCCAGAUGUUGGAGCACAAUAUUUCGCUGAUGCAUUACAACGCAACAAAACACUCACUACACUGAAUCUGACGGGAAAUGCAAUUGGUAAUGUUGGAGCACAAUAUUUAGCAGAUGCAUUACAAUACAAUACAGUAACUGUCAUUUUCUUUUUGUGGAUAUCAUGUUUUUACCUUCAUUUUGUUAUUAAAACUCGAUAUUUACUUUAUUGGGGAAUUAAAUCCAAAAAAUAUACAACAAUUCAACAAACAAAACUUGGAAAUGAAUUUGACAAACAGAAUAUAUCAAAAGAUCGAUAUCAAUUUAUUAGUGGAGAUAUGUUUGAUGCAACGACAAUUCCACAAGCUGAUGCUUAUAUUAUGAAAAAUAUCAUUCACGAUUGGAAUGAUCAGCGAGCAAUUGAUAUUUUUAAAGCUAUUCGAAAAGCAGCUAAUGAACAACAAGUGACAUUAUUUCUUAUUGAAUUUGUUAUAUUACCAGAAAAUGAACAAAAUAAAAAUAUUAAUAAUAUUGCACAUAGUAUCGAUAUGCAUAUGAUGGUAAUGUUAGGUGCAAAAGAACGUACACAAUACCAAUAUGAAUAUCUUUUAAAACAAGGUGGUUUUCAACUAAAACAAUUACAUUAUACACAAACACCAAUUUCAAUCAUCGAAGCUGUUCCUAAUUAA